AGGGGGCGUGAGUGUAUGAGAGAGAGGGAGCAUCAAGUCACCAGAACAGGCUCCACUGUUAACUCUGCUAAGGUUCGAGCACAAGCACCAGGAGCCCAAAUUGCGCUUAAAAUAAUGGAUGGGACAAAGCCGGCCAUGGAGUCCAACGCCGAGGAGACCCAAGACGAGGGGCAGGAGAGCAAAGGAUGCUUUGAGUGCUGCAUCAAGUGUCUGGGGGGGGUGCCCUAUGCCUCGCUGGUGGCCACCAUCCUCUGCUUUUCAGGCGUGGCUCUGUUCUGUGGCUGUGGGCAUGUUGCGCUGACCGGCACCUUGACCAUGCUGGAGAACCACUUCUCCAGGAUCACCAGUGACCACGCCACCCUCGCUGCAGUGAUCCAGAUCUUUCAAUACAUCAUCUACGGCAUCGCCUCCUUCUUCUUUGUUUAUGCGAUCCUCCUGCUGGGUGAGGGCUUUUACACCACCAGUGCCAUCAGGAAGGAGCUACAGAGUGACUUUAAGACGACUAUCUGUGGACGCUGCAUCACUGCUUUUUUCAUGUUCCUGACCUACAUCUUUGCUCUGGUUUUCAUCGCCAUCUUCUGCUUCACGGCAAUCCCGGUUUUCCUCUUCUUUAACAUGUGGAAUACCUGCGCUGCCAUGAGAUCUCCAGACUCCAAUAUUACAUUUCCUGAUUCCAUCUGUGUGGAUGUCAGGCAGUACGGCGUUAUUCCCUUGAACGCAACACCCGGUAAAGCUUGUGGCACCACACUGACAGAUAUUUGCAACACCAGCGAGUUCUACUUGUCCUACCACCUCUACAUUGUGGCGUUAGCCGGCGCUGGAGCAACAGUCAUUGCAUUGAUCCACUACUUGAUGAUUUUAGCAGCUAAUUGGGCCUAUCUGAAGACUGCAGCCUCCACGCACGACUACCAGGACAUCAAGACCAAGGAUGACCAAGACCUGGAGGCCGAGGCGCGCUCCAAAGAGGGCCAGAACUCCUCCUCCUACUCAUAAGGACAGAACGUCCUCUCUUGCCAUUGUUCAUCUUCUCUCCAAAUCUUAAACCCAUCCCGCAACACCUUGCGCCCACCCCCCUCCCCCUUCAGACAAAACAAACCACCUCGGUCAUGUUCGACAGCCCCCCAAUCUCCUGAUUCUCCAUCCUCUUCACUUUACCCCGAUGCUUUUUCUGCUCAGAGUGCGUUCUCACACUGAAGGGGAAGAGGAUAGAGAGUCAGGAGGAGCGGCCGGCCCAGACGGAGGCGGGCACUUCAGAACGGGAAAGCUCGCCCCGUCGGGGGUCGAGCUCAGGUACGGUACAUCGGUUUUAGAAGCGCCUCCUCCUCACCCUCCCUGUGCUUUUGGGCGGCGGCUCGUGAACGUGGCCCGGCUGUGAUGGCCUCGCGCCCUGAGCCAGCACAGCCUCUCGACACAUAGCUCCUAAAAAAAGAAUAAAAAAUAAAUAAAAACAAUGUGCACUGUGUGCUUCAUCCACUGGGAGGCACAGCAGCAACCAAGUUCCUCUGUUUUUUUUGUUUUGGUGUUUUAUAUGCAUAUAUAUAUAUAUAUGAAUAUGAAUAUAUUGUGCGAAUGUGUGUGAAUGUUGUUCUUUUUUUUAAUACUCUGAAAAGUAUGCCAGGUAUUGUUAUGAUCUAUAUGAGUUUGGGCUCAUAGGUUUUUUUCUCCUUUUAGUUUUUCCCCCAGCAAUGACUUUUUAUGCCUAUUGCUCCAAACAUUAUUGCACUAUUAUAAAAUAAAUAGAAAUAGGGGAAAAUAAAAUCCCUUCAACUAAACAGACCUUUCUUUUUUUCCUCCAAGAAGAAAUACCUAAAAGAAUUAAUAAUUUUGUAGUAUCUCAAGGAUUACUGUUUAUUUGCAUAAUUAUAUUUAACCACAAACGUUCUUUUAGGAUCUACUGAGCGUUGGGAAAAAUGUGUUUAUAUGCUCCCAUGUCAUGGAUUAGAUGAUAUUCCUUUUGGGAGGUCCUCUCAUCUAGCCGUGCAAGAAUACAGGUAAUUCCGCCAAACGUUUUUUUAAGAUUUGUUUGAGUUUUUAUGCUACAUUCAUCACCAGCUGAAAUAAAAGUCAAAGACAGCGCCCUCCACAAUUACUGAACCGCUGGUUAAAAUGGGUAAAAUAUCUUAAUUAAAAUAAGUUUUUAUUGCGGUUACCAAACCACAAUAUGAGGUAUGGUGGUGGCAGCAUCAUGCUGUGGGGAUGCUGUUCCUUAGCAGGGACAGGAAAGCUGCUCAGGGUUGAUGGAAGGACGGAUGGAGCUUAAUACAGGGCAAUCCUGGAAGGGGAUUUGGACUAGCGUCUAAAUUCACAUUAAAAGAUUUUUAAUCUGCAUUCCCGUCCUUCUCACUGCGCCUGGUGGCAAUAAAACAUAUGGUUCUCUCUACAGAUCCGGUUUUUAGUUCAUGCUCUGAAUGUAGAUAUGGGCAAGUUUAGCCGAGGAGCUGUUUUCUUGUUGCCAUUUCAGGACCUAUUAAGCUCAACACGAAGCGCGUUAUUUGAAUGGUUCACUUGUCUUUGCCAUUUGGAAGAGUGGCUUAUACAAAGAGGCCUCUUUGACACAUCAUAUUCAUACAUUGGUGUCCACAGUGCAGCCCACGGCCCAUUUGGGGCCUUUUUAAUCAUUAUUUUGCGUCUCCCCACAUAACAAUUCAAGAAAAGUACAAAUUUGGCCCAUCUGCACAGAAGGUUGAUUCAGAUGGACGCGUUUUCUAUUUUUUUUUUUUUACUGAAUUAUUAAAAUCUUACAAAAAUGGGAAAUUUUCAAUACAGGAAAUUUUUCUUCUUUUUUUUUUUAUAACAAUCGACCGAAGAAAAUUGGAAAUUGUAGGCUUUUUAUAAAUCCCUUUUCUAGAAUAUUUUGUUCAAGUUAUUAAAAUAUUUCAUGUUUAGUUUAUUGAUCAGCUUGUAAAAUUAUUUGAAAAAAUUACUACAGUAAAAAAGUAACUUUUACCGCAUAUGAACGACGAGACCCGUGAUUUUGUAAAUAAUUAUUAUUUUUUCAAUAUUUACCUGCUGAAUAAAUGGUGCUCAAAUUAACACUUGGCUUUUUCUAAAUUUCAUUCUAUAAAAUAUGAUUUGAUUUUUUACAAAUUUACCAAGGGUGUCUAUAAAUGUGGAGGACGUUGUACAUCCAGGUCUUUAAAGAGACACACGCCUCAGGUAUCGAACCAAAUCCGAUUUAUGCUUUAUUUCCAAACAUUUAAACUCUGACCUGAUUACUGAUCUAUCCUGUGUGAACUCCACCCACCGGUUCCUCCUUUCGGGAACUAAAUCCACCUGUAAAUAGCAGAAUCACCCUUCAAGAUCGACCUACACCUCUCCCCGCAGAACAGGGAGAACACGUUCAGUGUUUUAUUUUUGCCCUUUUAUUUUUCUCUAACAAAUAAAUGUAAACGUACCCUUUGGGAUUUGUGUUUAGCACUCGAAUACUAGUUCUGCAUUUGGUAUACUAAUUGUAAUGUAACAUCUUCAAUUAUAUGUCGUGAGAGGGAUAAAGUUCAGUCAUGAUAUAUGAUGGAUUUGAGGUGAUUGUGACGUAUACAUUGUAAAAUGUGAAGAUAAAAACAUGGUAAUUAAUUUUUUUAAAUAUAUUUAUCCAUUUUAGGCAGCUGGGUUCUUAUGGUUAAGUAUUUUAUGGAACACGAUUGUGCUUAUUUGUUUCCAAACAGCUAGCCAAAUGAGUGACAAAUGUCACUUUUUUCCUUUGUCCAUUUUCUUUUGAAUGCCAUGCCUCUCAUACAAGCCACAAAGACUGUUUCGGAUGUUUACACUGAAUAAAACAAGUCAGGAAUUUUCAUACAUUGAUUUUGUAACCAGAUAUGUUUUAAUAAUCAUGGCCUAUACUCUAUAAUAAUCAUGAGCGAUUAGUUAACCUUUAAAAAAAAUAGCUAAAUAAGACAAAUUGAAUUUUGAUGAGAUGAAGCAUGUCAGUAUCGUCCAUGUGCACAGCUGUCCACUCUGUAUAAAAAAGGACUAUAUUGCCAUUUGUGUUAUGUUGAAUAAAUAUCCGUGCUUUGCCGCCAGGUUGAUGUAAAAGGCAAACUUCAAUAAGCCGACGAUGCGUGUCAGGGUGUUGUUGUUUCCUUGUUAUUUGCAUGAAGGAGACAUAACUGUGUCUUUGCAGUUUUUCAGGUGAUGUGUAGUCAUUUGUACCGGCAACAAUGGUAGGCAGUGUUUUGCCCCCUUCCUCCCUCCCCCCACUCCACCCCUGCUCUUUUCUAAAGAUUUCCAUUGUACUUUGAUGACAUUGUAGUCCCUGUAGGUGUUUCAUUAUGGUUGUUCUUUUUUAAGUUUGAAAUAGUUCUAUGACUCCAAUAUGGUGAUUUUUGUAACCUUCUCUAGUAAAACCGAUAUUUUUUAUUAUUGUGA